AGAGGCGAGAUGACGAUGGGUGCGUGUAAGUUAACUGUGGUGCUGUGCCUCAUCUUUCUCCCAGUCUGCUCCGGGGGUAUCCUUGACUACCUGUUUGGGCCACGGGAAGAGACAGGCAGACCUGCCUUCUGCAAGUCGCACCAAUGUCCUAACUUUACAGUCAUUGCAAGGGGACAGGAUUACGAACUGCGUCAAUACGAGCCGACCACGUGGGUUGCCACAGAGAGGAGCGAUGGUUGGUUAUCUAAGAUGUCCAUGUUCAGACGUCUAGCAAAGUACACCCUGCGGGGAUACAACAGCUUAGGGUUGAGAAUGCCGAUGACCGUGCCUGUUCUGAGAAAGUCUAGCACGACGGCCCCUGAGGAGAUGUUGUUCAUGCUUCCCGAGGACAGGCAGAAAGAUCCCCCGAUGCCUACUGAUCCCCUCGUGUACAUCGUUAGGAUGCCAGCCUUCCGGGUCUACGUGAGAUCAUUCGGUGGGUACGCUUCCGACACCGACUACAACAAUCAGAUCCAGGCCCUGAAGUCGUCACUGGGGUCCGACAUUCAAUACGACCACAACGUCGCAUAUAAAGUCGGCUACGAUAGUCCCUUCACAUUGUUUAACCGACACAACGAGGUCUGGUUGAUCGCGGUGUAGGGUAUCACGGCAUGCUCGAAAAAUGUCACUUAUGAAUAAACAUGAGCUUAACUUUCCAUAUUAAAGGAUUACUUGUGCGUUUUCUGCUGUUAUGGUGAUUUCUGUAUUACUUAGUAUCCGUUCUGACAUCGAAAGUAUAAAAGCUGAGACAGUU